AUGCCGGCACCCGAAGGCACCCCGCCGUCCCCGGGCCUCCCGCCGUUCAAGCGCGCCCGCCAAUCAUCCCCCGAUAGGGACUCGCCGACGUCGUUGCCGUCCGCCGGAGCAUCUUCCCCGGCGGACGGGCAACCGCAUGACGGGCCGCUGGGCCACAGCCACGACGACCGCGGCAGCGGUGCGGCGGGCAAGGCUGGGCAAAGCAGCAGCUUCCGCAACGUGAGCGCCUGCAACCGGUGCCGGCUGCGCAAGAACCGCUGCGACCAGAAACUGCCGAGCUGCGCGAGCUGCGAGAAGGCCGGCGUCGCCUGCGUCGGAUACGACCCCAUCACCAAGAGGGAGAUCCCGCGCAGCUACAUCUUUUACCUGGAAAAGCGGGUCGAGCUGCUCGAGGCCCUGCUGGCCGCCAACAAUGUCGCCUUCCCGCCCGCCCAGGACCUCGAGUACUGCUCCAAGUCGGGCAUCGGAACGAGCAGUGUCCGGUCGCCCCCCGACGCCGCGCCCUUGGGGUACUCGGAAGGGGCAGAGGCAGCGAGCAGCAGUGGGCGAGAGAGCAUCGGGGAUGGCGGCGUCAGGCCCCAGGGGGCUGCGUCGCAAGGCGGCUCCAACACUGCCGACAACCGUUAUCUCAGGUCUGCAUCCGGCAUAUCCUUCGCGCGAGUCGUCUUUGCCGCGCUGCAGUCAUCCGUCUCGGACCAGAAGUCGACCUCGGAGAAGGGCGGCGUGCGGCCUUACAGGCCGCCCCCUGGCGGAAAUGACCGGCCCACCACAUCGAUGCGGGACUCCUUCUUUGGCUUGCAUACCAAGCCGACCAUCCACCCCGCGACCUUUCCGGACAGGGCGCUCGGGUUGAGGCUGGCCAGCCUGUACUUUGAGCAUGCUAACCCUCAGAUCCCGAUCCUGCACAAGGGGGAAUUUAUGGACAUGUUCGAGCGAGCAUAUGCUGACGAGGGGCAAGUGCGAGGCCCGCGGGAACUUUACGUGCUCAAUAUGGUGUUUGCCAUCGGUGCGGGCGUCAUCGUCGGCGAUUCUAAGGGUGCGCCUCCGCCCCUCGCAGGGGCUGAUCACCCAUCCUCAGGGUCGAAGCACUGCCAGCCGGAGGAGUACCACGCCAGCGCGAUUGUCCACCUCGAAGCGUGUCUCGGGAGUGCCGGCGGUCUAAAAGACCUGCAGGCGGUGCUGCUACUGGCCAACUUCGCGCUUCUGCGGCCUGUGCCGCCAGGGUUGUGGUACAUUAUCGGCGUCGCAGUGAGGUUGGCAGUCGACCUGGGACUCCAUUACGAAGACGGAAAAGAGUUCGAGACUAGUCUUGGGAGCGACGCGCCAGCGCCGCAGAAGGAGGCAGCGGCUAGGGAGAAAGGGGCCAGGGAGUAUGUCCGCGAUCUUAGGCGACGCCUUUGGUGGUGUACCUACUCCUUGGACCGCCUGGUCAGCAUCUGUGUCGGCCGACCGUUCGGCAUCUCCGACCAUGCCGUCACGACCGAGUUUCCCUCGCUCCUGGAUGACCGGUUCAUCACGCCCGGCGGCAUCAUUCAGCCGCCACCCGAGAUGCUGCGGCCGACAUACAAGCUGGUCGCGUACCACUACUUCCGGCUCCGGCUUCUCCAGUCCGAGAUACUUCAGGUCUUGCAAUUCCGGCAAGCCCAGAGCGCCCGGGCGAGCGGGCAAAACCAACUGAACCCGUACAUUCACGCGGACCUACCCUCGCCGUUCCUGUCGAAAUUCGACUCGUUCCGGUCAUGGCGCAUCGAUAUCGACCGGAGGCUGUGGGAGUGGAAGAAUUCGGCGCCGAAAAAGCAGGACACGGGCGUGGCUUUCUCGACCGACUUCCUCGAUCUGAACUAUUGGCAGGCCAUCAUCAUGCUCUACAGACAGAGCCUGAGUGUGCCGACGGUCUUCGAGGGUGAGUAUGACACGUCGAAGGAGGUGAACAGCCCGGUCGUGUACAACGCGGAGCUCCGCGAGGACGAAGACCGCGUCUACCUGAAGGUUGCCGAGGCCGGCCAGAAGGUCCUCCGGCUGUAUCGCCAGCUGCAUCGGGCGGGCCUGGUUAACCACACGUACCUCACCACGCACCAUCUGUUCGUGGCGGGCAUAGCCUAUCUCUACGCGAUCUGGCACUCGCCCAUUGUCCGCAGCCGCCUGUCUAUGGAAGAAGUGGAUUUUACUGUUCUCGCCGCAAUGUCUGUGUUCACGGAUUUCAUGGACAAAUGCCCGCCCGCCGAGGCCUGCCGAGACGCAUUCGACCGGACAGUCAAGGCCACGCUCAAGAUGGUCGACGCAUCCGGCGGCUUCGGCCUGCAGCACCACCCCGGGCAACACAGCGGAGCCGCCAAUUCCGGGAACAGCUUCGAUAGCAAUCGACUGAACUGGAGUUCUGGGAGCGGCAGCGCCUCCCUGUCGAACAGACCUCCCCAAGCUCACUACCGCAGGCAUCAACCGUCGUCGAUAGACAUCUCAAAUACGCCCUCGGAUGCUUACUCCAACAGCGCCUCGUUGCCAUCGGCAUUCCAAACGGGCGCACAGUACCGCCUGCCGGGUGCUCCCGCAGUCAAGACAGAACCUGACGCCUUGUCCUUGACGCGCAGCCUUCCUGUGCCACCACGGAGCAAUGCCAGCUCCGCCGACAACAACAACUUCAGCCCCGUCACACCCGACGCCCCCAUGGCCAUAGACGAAACCGUGAUACCCUCGCCUACGACUACGACACUGCAACAACAACGACCACAGCAGCGAUGGCCUACGUCGCCCAGCUCUCUCACCGCCGAGAUGGGCCCAUCGGCCCCACUGGGGCCCGGCACACCUACAACAGGCGGGUUCCUUGCCCCACGGCAACCACAGCAGCAGCAGCAGCAGCAGUUGAACUCGGGCGCAAUGUCCUUAAGCGACCUGCAGGGCAUGGAAUUCUUGCAAAGCCUCAAUAACAACACCAGAAGCAGGGGAAGCAAUGACGCGGGAACGGGAGCACCGCGCGCCAGCAUGCCCGGUAACGGCGACGCCGACGGCGGCGAUGCCGUCAUCGCCGACUUCAGCGGCCUGGCCGAUACCCAGAUGGACCUGGGCUUCGGGCUCGGCUGGGAAGGGCUGCAUCACGAUUUCACCGACGGCCAGCCGCUCGAUCUGUUCGAUGGCUUCUUCUUUGGUGGCGGGCAGGGGCAGGGGUAG